ACCGGAAGUGUUUUCAUGCCAAGCUUCCGUUUUUCUGGUUUGACAGAAGUUGACGGACAGAGAAGAUAGACGAAGGCACAUUACUGAUGUAGUUGCUGUCAAAAGGUGAGAGUUUGCUGUGAUCCUGUGGUGUGGAUGACGUGCUAAUGGUGGACCAAUCAGGUGUAAGAUCACAUCCCAAGUCGGCCAAUCAAGUGUGAGCAUGCCGUCUGACAGUGUUGUGAAGUCUAUGAAAGUGAAAGCUGGUGCUCGAGGAGCUGGGACACAGCGACAGGACGAUGGCAGCUCUCAAGCCAUCAUGAGUAGAUACGACUCGGACAUCGAUGGACUACUGCCCCCUGGUGUCAGGGGAAGGCUGAAUGAUCUCUUUAGAGAAAUAGAAAAGGAGUUUGAGAACUUGUAUGCAGAAAAUUUAGCAUUACAGGACCGCGUUGAGGGACUGACAGAGCGCCUCGAUGUCUGCAGUGGUGGUGAAAAACCAGUGUCUGAAAACCAGGACACCACCGACCACCUCGAGGUCAAUAAACCCAAGAGAUCAGCCAGUCAAAUUUCCCAGAAAAUAAAGUCUACCUACAAAGUCUCGACCAGUAAGAUAGUAUCCAGCUUCCGUAACCCUUCUCCCAUCUACGCUGUUGCCCGCGACUACCGGGGACAUCGCGAUGGAGUUUGGGAGGUCACAGUUGCGCGAUCAGACCAACAGCUUAUUGGAACAGCUUCAGCAGAUCACACGGCCCGUGUCUGGUGUAUACACUCGGGGACCUGUCUGCUGCAGUACCAGGGACAUCAAGGCUCAGUUAACUCCAUUCGCUUCCACCCCGCUCAGGAGCUGGCACUGACUGCUUCCGGGGAUCAAACUGCUCACAUCUGGGGGGCUCACGUCAACAUCCCUUCUAUAGAGAGAUCCCACUCAUCUGGCGAGGAUGACCUCGAUGGAUCAGAGAAAGAAGACUCAGUAGAUGACUUUCUGGAAUCCACUCCCGAGGAAAGUUCGCUGAGAACACCCUCCCUGGAGCUGACCGGGCACAAUGGAGUGGUGGUGUCUGCUGAUUGGAUGGCUGCUGGAGGUCAGGUGAUCACGGCAUCGUGGGACAGGACCGCCAUCUUGUAUGACGCUGAGUCAGGAGAGCAGAUUAAUACUCUGACAGGACACGACCAGGAGCUGACAGACGUGCGGGCACACCCCACGCAGAGGAUGGUCGUCACCUCAUCAAAAGACACCACCUUCAGGCUGUGGGAUUUCCGCGACCCCAACAUGCUAGUCAAUGUUUUCCAGGGCCACACGCAACCCGUGACCAGUGCAGUGUUUGCGGGAAGUGACAAGGUCGUUUCUGGGAGUGACGACCGCACUAUCAAGGUCUGGGAUAUAAAGAACAUGCGAUCUCCCAUCUCUGCCAUCAGAUCUGACUCCUCUGUCAAUAGAUUAUCCGUGUCCCAGGCACAUAACAUGAUCGCUAUUCCACACGACAACAGACACAUCCGUCUGUAUGAUAUCCAUGGUAACAGAAUUGGACGGUUGCCUCGCAGUAACAGACAGGGCCACACCAAGAUGGUGACAGCCGUGGCGUGGGCUGACGAUCACCCCAUCUGUAACUUGUUUACCUGUGGCUUUGACAGACAGGUGUUUGGUUGGAACAUCAACAUACACAGCAAGGAAUAGCCUGUGAAUCUCCCGAUUCAGAAAUCAUAAUCAUAGAACAUGCAGGAUGUACCCAGCAAAAAUAGACAGUGAACUUUUCAAUUUGUAAGUCAUAACCAUGGAAAAUUCAAAGCAAGAAAUGGGCAGUGAUACUUCACAUAUGGUAACUUUACCCACAAAAGUAAGUGUUUGUGGUAACUACUCACAAAUGUUAAAAUCUGUCAUUGUGUUAUAUCUGUAAUCAUUUAUCAUUUGAAAAUGAAGUAGCUUCUCUCGUUUGUUCGAGUAUAAAGAACCAUGACAGCAUCAUGUCGACAUGCGAUGAUUGACAUAAGGGAAGUAACUCUGAUAAACAAAAAAUAACUGAUAAACAAAAAAUAAAGAAUUGCACAUUGAUCACUAACAAUGAGUAUGUAGCAGCUACACAUGAAGAUGUUCUAGGAAUUUAGAGGUGGGCAUAACAAUGGAUGGAUAGAUAAAAGCUUCCUCAAUAUUGCAUAAUACUGUAGGUCUAGUGUGUGAACCGCUUUGAGACGACCUACGAACUAGGUUGUGAUAAAGCGGUAUAUAAGAACCUCAAAUUAUUAUUUAUUAGGUUACUUUGGCUCAUAACCACCCCAUUCCUUAUAAACACCUCCAUCCUGGUUGAAAGUCCCAUCCCUUCAUCAUUUUUUACCAACUUACUUGAAAUAAAUGUCUGUUAUGGCUAUAUUGAGAAUUUUGACGAUUGUCACCCUUUUGUUUUAUAUAUAAGCUAUUUCCUGCUACAAUGUAGUGUGCAGUCUGUGAGUUAAUACUCGUAAUGUUAGCCUCUGAUCAACAAAGGUAAUGAAUGUUAAACUCAACACACAGCUUUUUGAUAAUUGUGAACAAGAUAAUUGUGAUUUUAAUGUUGUAUUUGUUGAGUAGUGAUUCCAGAUCUCGAUCAAUCCAGACAUUUGACUGGAAUAAUAGGCCAUGAACCCGUUCAAAAUCAGUUGUUUUGCAAAAAUAAACUGUAAAAUUCACUGCGUGCGGAUUUUCCUUGUGAAAACAAGUUGGAUGUUGCGACAAUAAAGAGUUACGAGUAAUUAUAUUUGAUAAUAGUGGUUACAUUUAAGGCAAUUUUAAUAGUUUUGUCCUUAAAACUGCAUAGAUCAAUAAAUGAAUAAUGAAGUGAAAAAACUGUGAUGGGAGGGAGAGAAUAAUUAGGAAGGAGUUGUGGAAUGGUUCUUGCAAUAUUUCAUAUAGAAUGAAUCGGAUAAAUCCACCUCUGCUAGUCUUCUUAUACAAUGUCUGAAGAUAUGAACAACAACAGACAACAACUUAUGUAUGCAUGCCGUUUGCAAUACUUUCAUGGUUACCUUGUAUGGUAGUUACAUGGUAAAUUUAUUGUAACCAAAAGAUUUUGGUCCACCAAUAUAUUAAUCAUGGAUCAAGAUGUCUCCCUUGUUUUGUCUCCUUUGCUGUAUAGGUCCUAACAGAUAUUUUAGUACUCACGUCUUCCAUUAAGUUAUGCUGGUGUUAUCAGACUGGACUUCAUUGUGGCCGUGAGACUGGCCUAAAGUCUAAACAGACUUGGCUAGUGUUUAAGCUUUGAGAACACUGUUAGAAUACUAGAAGGUUCCUGGAUCAUUUUCAGAGGUAAACUAUAUGAUAAAAGAAUAUUGUAACAGUGACAUUUUAUUUAGUACUUCUAGAUCACCUGAAAAAUAUACCAUUCUGGUCAGUUUUUCAAAUUUGUUUUGCAUUAGAAAUCCUGUUGCAAGAAAUAAAAAUGUCUGAAGAAACUGCUUCCAAUGUCCUGUUCGACAAAUAUUGAUGUAAAAUAUCACAAUUGAAGCUGUUGUUUGUAAUGAACUCAUUCCAGUGGAGCAAAACGCAAGAUUUAGAGGAUUCUGCUAAUUUCAAAAAUCAAACAUUAAAAUCACAAUCUAGUCUCCUUUCAAUAUAGAAAUACUUUUGCCUGUCUGAUAAGCUCAUAAACCUUUUGACCCAAUCUUUAAGAGAUAUAGCAGGAAUUUUGUCAGAAUAUUUUCCACUCUAGGAACAGUUUUAAGGAAUCAAACUACAAAUAUGCAUAGACAUUAUAAUUCAAUUUGGACCAUUCUAGUCGUAGGUUUGGAGAGUUUAGUUAAUGGUGCUAACAACGCAGGGUUUGGAGGUUUAUACAAUGUAGUACCGAUGUCACAGAUAGGGGAGGGAGUGGGGAGGGGGAAGGGAGGGGGGUUUCCUAAGUAGUGAUGUCGUCGUGUCAUUUUGUCUAAUAUUCUUCUGGCCACGUUAGCUUUAUAUUGUAAAUCAGAAGAUAAAAUUUGAUUGUUUACGAUAAAAACUAUUUAUCAUUACAUGUAUGAUUAUACUGUAUGAUGAAAAUACAUUGGGAUUGUGCGAAUGUCGUUAAGUAUUCUGAAUCUCUUCAGGAAUAUAUAAUGGUACUGUUAUCAUCAUAGGAAGCAUCGGUACGGACCCCACUCAUUACUAACAUGUAUUAUUAGAACCGUAAUGUGUGUCACUUAUUGCUGUAAUUUAAUGUAAUUGUUUGAUCCUUUUACUUUAGUGUAUAUAAGUAGAAUUGAUCAAUAAACCUGAUUAUGGAAA